AUGAGAUUAUUCCUUGCCAUUUCACUAUUACUCGCUAUUAUUUAUUGCUCAAGCGCUCAAAUACCAGGACUCGGUCCCGUUGGAUUGAAGAGUGCUGCUGUUGGCCAAGCUAAGAAUCGAGGGCAACGAGGCAUUCUCGGAGGAGCUGCAAAAGGAGCUGCUAUUGGAGCUGUGAUUGGUGCUAUUACUAAAGGCAGAUAA